AAGAACUUGUUAUUAUUAUACGGGUGUACUUAACCUUUUAUUUUCAUGUUUCGCUAUAAUUUUAACUAAGAAACAACAAAAAUCAAAGGAAAACGCCAUUAAUGUGAGCUAAAUAACAUUAUUUUGGUGCAUACUGUGUGAAAAACCGGUAAAAGAUGUUCUGCGUCCAAGAAAAGGAACGCACAGACACCUUUGCAUCAGACAAGGAUCCGCUCAGCAUCACACAAACACCAACCGACUCAGACGACUCCGACGAACCAGCAGCCAAACGCAUAAAAUACUCCCCUCUAAACCUACAAGUUUACCAGAUACCUGCGUUCAACACACCGAAAUCCCUCUCCAUAUAUCCUACGAAUACGCUACCUAAUUUUGUUAACAACCCCUUAAAUUUAGCAAAUCCAUUAUCAUUUGCUACUAAACCACAAAAUGGAGAAAGUCUGGUAAAGAAUCUACAUCAUCGGUAUUCGUUACCAGCUAAACUGACUAUUACUCCGGUUGUGAACGGAGAAGUCGUGCGGUAUAAGAAGAAUGGAGAAGUGGCGAAGAAGCGAGGACCUCCUAAAGGUUAUAAGAGGAAACCGAAGGCUGAGAAGUUGGAGUUCUCGCAGAGUUUUAAUGGUGGUUUGCAGUCUUCUUUACAGACCCAGAACACCAUUCUAUCAAGCCUGCUAGCUGCCAACAACACAAGCAUCACCGGAGUCAGCAUACAGCCUGUCCAGCCACCGCCACCACAGCCGGAGAUCAAACUGCCUGAAGGCACGGAGCUGGUAGAAUUACUCCUGGACCCUGAAGACUGGUUUCCCACCGAGCCCUACAAGAUGGUGUUCAGCAGAAAAAAGAACCCCAAGUGGAAGAACUUCCCAUAUCAGUGCGAACAUUGCUUUAAAGGUUACCGCGUAGCAUCAACCCUUAUCACCCACGCAGCAGAACGUCACGGCUGCGUCCCCAAAGACUUCGCCAUCCCGUGUCCGUGCUGUCCCCACGUGUCCACCCGCCGCAAGCACCACAAGAAACAUCUGGAGACGCACGAGAGCCGCCGCCAUAGGAUAUUCUGUCUUUACUGUUUGCCCCCACAUGACCCUUCAGAACCAUUCGUGAAAGAACCGGUAAAGUACCCCUACGACAAAUUCCCCCAAUUCUGGUACGCCUCAGAAGAAUCAUUAAGACUUCAUAAAAAGCGAAAACACCCAUAUUCCGGGUUAUUCAAUGUCUCGUGGUUCAGUACAUGGCGAGAUGCAACCCCAAAUAGCUAAUAAAAAGGUAAAAUAGUAUUAUUUCUAAAACGACGCUGGCAACCCCACAGUAUUUUUUUUAUUUCUAAUUUAGUAGAUUUUUUUACGCUGGCAACUUUUUUUUUGGUCAUUUUUUUUUAACUAGGUUAGUGAUUUCUCUUGUGAUUUUGUUAGGUUUUAAUUUUACCUGAAUUUUGGAUGUUAAAUAAAUAAGUAUUUUUAAUGGUAGGUUCUAGGAUUUAGGAUGUGAUCGAUUGAAAUGUAAUUCCAAAUUUAGUGAUAUGGCAACCCAGUAAUGUUGGCAACAUUUUUUUCUUUUAGGUCUUAGUAUUUUUUGUAUUUUCUGACCAAUUUUUUAUAUCAACUGAUUAUUUUUUUUUCGUAACUUUUUGAAAUUGGAACUCUAUAUAUUUAAAUCUUUGUGUUCCAAAGACUUAGUUAUAAUUCAUCAACGAUUUUAAACUAUUUAUUUACUAUCACAAAUUAUGAGCUAGCAACAUUAUUUUUUUAUUAGUGUUGCCAGUUCAGAGAUUUCUAGCUAAUGCAACCUUUUUAAUUUCACAAGACUUAUUUUUUUUAAUGGCAACUUUGAACUUUUUUUACAUUAUUUUGGUUUUUUAGUGUUGCCAACACAAGGCCAGUAAUUUUAAAACAAGCAUAAUAAAACAGUAGUAUUAUUUUGUAUAAGAAUGUAUUUUAUCCGUGUAACCUAUUAUACUUAUGCAUUUAUCGUAUUUUUAGGCAGCUGAUAGUUUUUAAAAAAUAUAUUAGGGCGGAUGUGCCAAUUUUGGACCCUACCAAGACUUUUUAAUUAAUUUGAAAUUCGACAUUUAACCGACUUCUAAAAAAGUCAGUUUAUCAAUUGGUACGUUCACCCUAUCGAAUAAUAUUAGUGCCUUCUAAGAAUGGCUACUGUAAUAUUUUAGUUUAAAAUUGUCAGCAGUGUACGCAGCUAUAAAAAUAAUAUCUAAUAUUUUACUGUCACAAAGUCAUGCAGAAAAAAGUUGAAGAAAUGUAGUUGGGGACUUUCUUAUGGAACUUACAUACAAGAUACUCGCGAUAAUCAUAACUAUUUUUGACAAUCGGGUAGGCUUUUAAAUAAAAAAUUAUCAAACAUGUUACAUACUAGCUAGUGGUUUGUUCCUAGUGGUAACUAUUCCGCGCACCCGGAUAAAAACUCGCCUAUAACCUUUCUCGAUAAAUGGGCUAUGUAACACUGAAAGAAUUGUUCUGUGCUACUGAGAUUAGUACGUUCAAACAAGCAGUUCAGUUUGAUAAUAUUAAAGUACAGUUUGACAGUUUUUGAAGUCCGGCUAAGCAGAACACGGCCUCCUAGGCUGAACUACGAUAUGCCAUACAAAAAAAACUGACAGUUUUUAGUGCAGUUGAUAGUACAAACAGCGAUAUUUUUACUUGAAAACUGACAGCUGUCAACUGCACAAAACAUGUGUAGGAUUCAGUUGCGCAGACAUACGUAUGUCUGCGCAAAUGCUCGUGCACUAUAAUAUGUCCUGCGCAGCUGGCUGAUCUCCUUAUAUGAGAACAGCCGCCGUAGCCGAUAAUAAACGGCUAGGAGGACAUCAUCAUCAUAUUUGUAGCUGCGUAGACUUCUGCCAAUGGGGUCUUACACCCCGUCCGCCUGUCCACCAUAGUAUAAGUGAUAGCUAUUGUAAGCGUAGCGCAUAUUUUUGUAGUGAACACCACGAAUUGUACAACAACAAAACUAUUAGUAUUUUUCUAGCUAACGCGUUUUGUGUAAUGGAAUGCGGGAUUUUUUUGAAAAAAAAAAAAAAACAAAACAUCUUUUUGAAAAAAUUGGUAAAUAAAUAUCUUUUAAUUUUUAACCGACUUCUCAAAAAAGAGGAUCUCAAUUCCAAUGUUUCUGUGAAUUUUUAUAUCACAAAUAUUUGUAAUUAUUUGUUUUGAUAUAAUUCUACAAGAGGUCAAUUGGCAUUUUGACAAAUAUACAAACUUGAUUUAAAGCAUGUUUGAAUUGAUAUUUAUAAACCAUGUUAGGGUUAUUCCAAAUCAUCAUCAUCAUCAUCAUCUCAGCCGGACGUCCACUGCUGAACAUAGGCCUCCCCCUUAGAUCUCCUUUAUUCCAUAUAGGUUGGGGUAAUUUCAACUGGGUUGGGAUUAUUUCCACUAGGUUGCAGUAAUUUUAAACAUCUUGGGUUUAUACAAAUAUGUGCCAGUUUGGGACUUUCAACUACGUUGCAGUACUCUAAUCUCAAAACUGCGUUGUUGUAGUAAUUUUGGAAGUUCUUGUGGAAAUCUUUAAUUUGCAGUUUUAACCAGUGAGACAGAUAUUACACUAUUUUAAUUCAUCAUCUUUCCCCUGGCAUUAUAAUAAUUUAUUAUUUGGGAUCUAUACUUUCUACAUUAUUUUAAUGAAGGUUCAUUCCUGCCCUUAUCCCAAUUUUAGGGAUCUCUGCCUACUACAAUAUUUCAAUUAACUUAUUAUAAUAAUUACUAAAAGGCUUAUGUUUACCUGAUCACCAGAUAUAGUAACAAAUAGCAGACAAAA